UUACGGAGGCGAGCACACAAAAUGUCGUUUAUUUACUGUAAUUUUGCAUAUGAAUUGUGCCGUUCACGCGUUAAUUAGCAAGCGCAAUACGUACGUGCGUGAACAACAUCGCGCAAUAGGCUACGUUGAUCGUUAGUCCCACAUUUAUAUUUACAUCAACCAAGCUUGCGCACUAAACUGGUUCAACUCCGAUGGCGCAUGAAUGUAGUUCAACGUAGAUUAUUGGGGAUUGAAACCAUCGAUCCGUGCGACAGACCUGCCUACAUGCUUCCAAAUUCUCGGAGAAGCGGCGAGCAGUUUCGGUUUCAGUUCUUUUUGAAUUUAUAUUUUACUCCAUAACUAAUUCUAAAUAGGCAGCAAAAACACAAUAAAACAAAAACUUUAUUAUUAGUAUUUAAAAUACCGAAUAGCUUCCUUUUACUUUUGAUUUUAUUAUAUGUUUAUCAUAUACGGCAUGGCGGCUGUGCCUUCUCUGUUGCCAUGGUUUCGCAUUUUUCUCCCGUGGGCUCCGUGUUCGCAUAGGUCCUACAGUGUGGUAUAGUUUCGGGCACGGAGGAAGGAAACUAAGGAGAGGCCCUGACGUCACUCUUUGUGAAGCAAAAGUGAAGCCGGAAUUUGGCGUUGCUCAUGGCGAUGCUCCGCCUUUUGGGCCACCCUCCUCUCUUGUUUACAUCUUUCGCGAAACCACGCCGCGCUGCGCGUGGUGUCGCGCGCGCUCGCGCAACAUCUGGCAGAGCACGGUGCAGGUAGCACAGCGCAACUAGACACGGUGACUAACGCAAACCCGCCCACUCAGCGCCUUUGCCACGGCCCGAAACCUACCAGAGCAACACGUGUGAGCGCUCAAAACCAUAACAACGCCGCCAUUGUGGCCCAAAAGGCGUGGCCAUACAAAAAAAAAAAUAAAAAAGCAGUCAAAAAAAUGAGAACCUACUACGUCAUUUCCGCCACACUUUUCUCCUAGCGCGCGGAGGGGGUAGGGCCUCUCCUUAGUUUCCUUCCUCCGUGGUUUCGGGGGUUUCGCGCGCUUUCUCAAAUAGAUAUUAUACUUGGGCUCGCGGAGCCAGUCUGCGUUUCAAUCGAAGGUAAGUGUUGUCAUUUGCUAACUGUUUCUGUUCGGUCUGGCCUGCGGACAUACGUGUGAUGGCCUUAUUUUUCACCUUCUUUAGAGCUUACGGUUGGCGGGAAGCGCGCCAUGGAAAGCGAAUACGAAAGUGACCCCUUUGCUGUGGUCUCAUUCCCUGAAGAGGAGGACAGUUUGGCCAUCAUUCACACGUCAUGGCUGAAAGGAGACCACCGCUCUACGUUUUGGCCAAUAGAAAAAAAACCUGGCAAACGGCGAAAACUAACGAUGCAAGGCACUAAGCCAACAGACUCUUGGAUUGAAGUGCAGUGCGUCGUCAAACGCUGGGCUGAUACCUAUGAGAGGGCGCAAAACAAGCUUAAUUCCCUCCAGUACUCAUCUGACAGUAACAGUGGAAGAGAAUUGGGACGGGGCAAAAGAAGGCGGCGACGUGCAAUGCAUUUUCGAGAUGAUGAGGAGAAUGGCAGCUCAGACUACGAUGAAAAUGAUGAAUAUGUCCAACCAAGGGCACCAACACCACCUCAGCCGCUAUCCGUGACAGGCCUGCUUGGACACAUGCUGAAGCUGCCAGCUUCAAUGAGUUGCAACCUCUUGGUAGCCUUCAUGGAAAGGGUCUUACAGAUACUUAAUGGUAUUAAGCAGACCCAGCAGGCCCAUUCACAAUGCCUUAAUGAGCUGCUCCGCAAUGCCAACAGUGCACCUUCACAACCUUGUGACCUCCCUGAUUUGCCUUUUUUGGAUGCGACAGACGUGCUUGACUAUGACAAAAAGCUUGAGACAGACAGACAAGCUCGACAUCAAAUGAAGAAGCACUUGGCUGUCCAAGGAGGGGACUCAACAAAACAGAAAACAACACGCAUUCUACAGUCCCUCCUUAGUAGGAACGCAGCAAUAAGCUUCAGUUGGUUUGGAACGAAGGGGAAAAAAAAAUUCUCAGAGUUGAAUCUGUGCAAGCUAAUGUGUGGCACAUUGACUAAUGACAUCAGGCACCCAGACGCCACCCUUAAGGAUGUCGAGAGGGCCGCCAUGACGUGGUUCCGCCAUGCUGCCGAGCGACUUGCUGCUCAACAAAUAUAAUUGUUAAUUUCGCCACCAAAUAUGAUGAUGCUGAACUCAGCUUUCUUGUUGCAGAUUUUCUGCAUGGCCUGUAUGAACAUAUUUUUUUUCACUAGUGUUUCAUCCUUUUUUUUUUUAAUGUUACCAUUUGCCACAUUCAGUGCCAUCAUUUUCUUAAUGUAUUGUUUCCUGUGCCUAGCUGAAAUUUUUAUUUCCUGAAACUUAAUUUCUUUACUGGUGCACACAGCUUGCACUGCCUAACUCUCUUCUAGCAGUGUAGGAUUAAGAGUUAAGAGAGCAGAACUAAGACUAAUUAAAUGCAUCAUUGGCCUAACUGGGAACACUGUUUUACAAUGUUUAAUAAGUGCACAGCAAUGUAUACAAAAACACCUUAGCAAGUAAAUACAACUGAAUUCUGCACUACUAGAUGAGAGUUAAGCAGGCUGUGCCAACCAGUAAAGAAAUUAGGUUCCAGUAAAUCAAAAUUUCUCUUGGGCACAGGAAACAACACAGCAAAAGAUUAUUUUAAACUUUGUAUUAGUAGGUUCUGUGAAGAGAAUGUGACUUAAUUACAUAUGUGUUCAUCUUAUAAUGGGAAGUGUGCAAUAAAAAUUAACAUUUCGAAAGUUCAACUGUUGUGAACUAUUGUCUAAUUUAUAGUGCAUUGUCCAACAUGAAAUUAGUGUCGUGUAUUUACAACAAAGAAUCCAAAAACACUACAUGCUUUAACAAUUUAUUUUUCUGCCAGAGCAUUUUAAACUUAAGCCAUCUUCAGUGUACUCCAAAAUUCGCUGCCUUGUCACAUUACUUUUUCUAUUAUUUAAUUCUGUUCUAAAACUGUUUACAGCAUAAUGGCCUUAAGUGCUUUUGUCAUUUGCUCCUUUUCCUCGUCUUGAAAACGACUUCAAGCUCUUGUUUCAGGCUUGGAAUUGAAACACGGAGGGCAAAAUCCAUUGUUCUCCAUUUUAUGUUGGGAACUUACACCCAUUGCUGUGUAGCUGUAUAUGCGUGUACUUCUGUCCCCUCAGCAAUGUUUCCAGUGUUCUCAAGAUUUGGUAAAUACAAAAACAAAGGAAAACAACAGAACCACUGAAAGCCAUAAGCCUGCAGUCUUGG